UUACUUCAUGCUGUAUUCCUAUGCAGAAAUGCAAUGAUUGGCCAGUCAGAGACUGUAAUUUAACCUUUUCCUCACUUGCAAAAUCAUGCAAGGAUUCUUCCUUCAACACAUUUUUUCCCCUAUGGCAUCGAGUCUUGUUCCCAGAGUAACACUAACAGGGUCGAAAUAUUAGCAGUUCAGUUUGCGGCUAUGGUGUGAGCAGUUACCAAGGUGGUUUAAUCUGCAUGUUUACAGUUUGCCCAGCACAUACCAUUCCUUGCCUGGUUUUCUAGCUCUCUCAUUUUCACAAAGGAAAAUACUGCAGUUACCAAGAGCUGCUCUGCAGGAUAUCUUUACCGAUGGGAAAUAUUAAUUUUUUAAACUGUGAGCUCCAGAUGCUGAAGCAUGUAAAGCUUCAGUAUGUAAGAAACAAAUCCAGCCCUAUUUGGUCUGCUCUCCUGACUUGUGCUACCUUUGCAGUGUGUGCCAUAUCAGUAGUGGGAGGUCUGACAACAUGAUCAAAUCCCUGAGAGAGAAAUUCCGGUCUUGCAGAAUAUCUUUAAACCCUUGUGUGGAAACUCUUUAGUUUCUGUAAAUUUAUGGUGUCCCUUUGAACAGGGCUCAGAGAUUAUUAUUCUAACACUGCUUGCCUUAAGCGGGGAAAGCAGACAUACGGGAAGUGUCAGCAGAACAACCUAUCUGUCAGGAGCAAAGAACAAGACUUACAGACGAGGAAGUAGCUUUGCUGUAAUGAGUAGUUCAGAAGUCAACAAAGCUGUCAGCAAAAUGCAUCAUUCUGUGCGGACUGGAAAGAAAAGACAUCAUGCUGGUGAAUAGGAUGAAGGACAAAAUAAAUCAAGGCACAACAUGACUCCAGAAUGUGGGAUCUUAAGUACAAUCAUUACUUGCUGUCCCUGGCAUGAUACUUUGGAACUAAUGCUGGAAAAUGACAGAAGUCUGACAAUCGACAUUAAUCUUGAAGUCCAUUCUAAAUAGGAGCAAAUGUGAUUAUUGUGAAUUCUUAGAAAUGGAAAUGCUUUAUGAAGAGGAGAACUCUGUGAACCCAACAGCAAAUUCCUUACUACAAUUAAACCAAGACAGAAAACUCUGCAGAAAUGUGUUUGCAUUUGGAGAGAUUAACAGGUCUCAUGUGUGUAAUCUGACUUCAGCCUUUGAAGGUGUAAUGAAUUGCUCUUGCGAGGGGAGCUCCGCUCCAUUGUACAACACAUCGUUUUUUCAUCUUCAUGAGAAAAACUGGCCGGCCUUGCUAACGGUCAUUGUGAUUAUUGUAACCAUUGCCGGGAACAUUCUUGUCAUCAUGGCUGUAUCACUGGAGAAAAAGCUACAGAAUGCUGUGAACUAUUUCCUGAUGUCACUUGCAAUAGCUGAUAUGCUCUUGGGUUUCCUUGUCAUGCCUGUGUCAAUGCUGACCAUACUGUACGGGUAUGCAUGGCCUCUGCCUAGAAACCUCUGUGCUGUAUGGAUCUAUUUAGAUGUGCUUUUCUCCACUGCUUCAAUCAUGCAUCUUUGUGCCAUCUCUAUGGAUCGCUAUAUUGCUAUACGAAAUCCCAUCCAUCACAGCCGAUUUAAUUCAAAAACAAAGGCUUUUGCAAAAAUAAUUGCUGUUUGGACUAUAUCUGUCGGUAUUUCAAUGCCUGUUCCUGUGUUUGGACUACAAGAUGAUUCCAAAGUGUUCAAGAAUGAAAGCUGUUUACUUGUGGAUGAUAAUUUUGUCUUAAUAGGAUCCUUUGUGGCAUUUUUUGUUCCACUCACUAUCAUGCUGAUCACUUAUUUUUUAACAAUAAGAUCCCUUCAGAAAGAAGCUACAUUGUGCAUUAAUGAUCUUAAUUCAAAGACCAAGUUUGCUUCAUUCAGUUUCUUCCCUCAGAGUUCACUUUCUUCAGAUAAAUUCUUCCAGCGCUCUCUGACCAAAGAACUAGGGACCUCUGGAAGGAGGACAAUGCAAUCAAUCAGUAAUGAGCAGAAAGCAUCCAAAGUACUUGGGAUUGUCUUCUUUCUGUUUGUUGUGAUGUGGUGCCCAUUUUUCAUCACCAAUGUGAUGGCAGUCAUUUGCAAGAAGUCGUGCAAUGAAGAUGUAAUUGGAGGGCUACUUAACAUUUUUGUCUGGAUCGGAUACCUUUCUUCAGCUGUCAACCCACUAGUAUACACUCUCUUCAAUAAAACCUACCGAUCUGCUUUCUCACGUUAUAUCCAUUGUCGCUACAAAGAGGAAAAGAAACCCUUGCAAUUGAUUUUAGUGAAUACUAUCCCUGCUAUAGCAUACAACUCAAGCCAACUUCAGUUAGCACAAAUGAAGUGUUUACAAAAGGAGUCCAAACUGAUAGCCAAAGAUAGCCUAUAAUGAAAAUUGGAAUACAUCAUUUAGAAGGAAUCUUAAAGAGCACCACCAGUCAAGUGAAUGAAAAGGUUUGUGACUCUGUGAGCCUGUUCACAGCUACCAUGGCAACCACGGGACAUUCCUGAGACAUUAUUACCUAUGAGUUGCUAGCUUAGGAAUAACAACCCCCUAAGUGAACCAUCAGGCAAAUUGGAAAUCGGUCAUCUUCUGUUAAUUAAAACCUGAGUUUAAAUGCUGAGAUGUGCAUGCUCUUUCAUACAAGACUUCAGCUUCAGAACAAGAUUUAUUUUUUAAAUGUUGAAUAAUAUAUUUCUCAAAAUAAACUGUGGUGGACGGUGAUACAAACCAUUGGCAGUUUUUUAAAUGUAAAGAUAUUUGCCUAAGAUCUUUAUCAUUCAUGAAGUCUACAUGCAAGGUUUUUGGUACCUCCAUCCAAAGCAUCUUUUCAACCAAUCCUGGGGAAAGGUUUAGACUAGGCUGGCUGGAUCCAAGGAUGUUUGUUUGUUUUUCUUUUGCAGAUAUUUGCGAUGGAAUGCAUGACUCUGUACCACUUCACAACAGAUUGUAUGGCAUUUUUAAAAAAUGGAUUCUUUGCAUUCCCUGCAUUUGUGUGGGAAAGACACAUGCAGGCAAUGCAAAGAAUCUAUAUAUUGAAGUUACAUAUUUAAUAUUUAAUGUCACAUCAGCUAUCUGGAUAGGAAAUAUGUGAAAAUACUUUAAAAUAUGUGCUUGUAUGCGUGUUUGUUUUUUCCAAGUAAAGGGAAAAAUGCAACAGCUGACAAACUGCACAAGGAGGAGCACGGACAACUAGAGUGCCACCUGCACGCCAUGCUCAGGUCAUCACCACUGAUGGGGCUGUGCUUCAGAGUAGCACAUAGCUGCACAACACAACACCUAUUCCAAACACAAUUAUAUUUAUCCCAAUAUGUUUAUAUAAUCAGGAAUUGGAUUUGCUUGAGUGUAAUAUUGGGGUCUGGCAUGAUUAGAUCAGGGCUCCCUUUUCAAUUAGCUGCAUCUCCCAAAAACAUCUGGGGGUCAGAGGACAUUGGAAACAAGAUCGCAUUUGGCCCAGGGGCUGCAGGGAGAUGUCAGAACCCUUGAUCUGCUCGCACACAAUACCUCCAGCUAACUUCAGUGGAUUUGUCCCUUUCCCCAGCACUUUCCAGAUCGCAUGCUAAACAGGGGUAAAAUGCUUCAACUUGGCAGGAUCGUAUUGAAAACGAUCCCCAGAAUCUCAAAUUCCUACAAGAGGAAAAUACAGCUAUUUUUCUGCAAUGGACUUGCAACGUUGUAGCACUAUACCACAAACAGAAAAUCUGAAAUAAGGCACUGGAAAUGUGAACGGCACCUUACUGCCAGCACAGGGACUGUGGUGUCACAACACAGGAAGUACGGAAGCUAGGGAUAUGCAUGGAACCGGCGACUGCCAGUUUAAAGGGGGAGGAUGGCUUUAAGGACCAUGUGCAUGUUGCAACGUCCGCACGUGCACCAGGCACUUCUGUGUACUUCCAGUCUGAUGCGCACCAGGGCAGCAAGGAGGUACACUGCCGCCCCAUGGGACUGUUUUAAACCACAGCACCAGCAGGAAAAACACAGCUGGCAGGGGAAGCACCCUCCCUUGUUAUUCAAGCUAUCCCCCCCCGGCCCCCACCUUCAAACCAGCCAAACCACUGGGCUUUCGAACCAGUUCAGAGGUCCAUAAAAGGGCUUCCAAAUCUGUGCAUGCACAUCCCUAAUGGAAGCACACUUAGGAGAUCCAUAGUGACAAAGUUGUAGGGUUUAAUCUGGAAAGCACCCCUAAAGUUAUCCUGUUCCAGCCCCUAGAAGCAACUUUUUGGGGCUACAGUGCAGAGGCGUAACUAUAGGGGGGGCAGGGGGGGCACGUGCCCCGGGCGCCAUCUUUUCUGGUCACGUGGGGGGCGCCGCCAUGACCAAAUUUUUAAAAUUUAUUUAAAAUGUUUUGUUAAUACAAAUGUUUCCUGCUCAGUGCAGCAGCGCUGCAGCAGUCAAGGGAGCGCGUCGGUGCCCCCUUCCCCACGAGCGGUCCCUUCCGCGCCACCUGCGCCCCCCCCCAUUGCUUUGCUGGUGCCUGGCGGCCAGUCAGUGGCCUGGCUUUGCGGCAGCGGCAGGUGCUUGUGAGGAAAAACCUAAGUAUAAUGUAGUAUGUUGGGGGGGGGGUGGCGGGGGUGCACAGUGGGGGGGGCACCAUUUCAGUGUUUGCCCCGGGCGCCGUUUUCCCUAGUUACGCCUCUGCUACAGUGGGGCAGUGGAGGAUGGGAAAUUCCCCUUCCAGUUGUUCCUCUGGAUCCAAUCCCUUAACAUGAUACAUUUAAAAAUACAUUUGACUUCUAUAAAUAAUAGGAAGCAAUAGCUUGUACAGAUGAAGCUAUGUGGAAUUUUUGCUAGCUCAGUUUUGAACUUCUGAAUUUUGAAAGUCACUGAAGUAAUUCAGUCCUGUUUCCUUCUCUUAGUUACCAUUCAGAAAUCUUAACUGCUUUUCUGUCACUCACCUUAUUGUUGAUUAUCUUGAAAAGCAAAUAGAAUAGAAGCGUUCCUUUGUUACUGCAGCCAGUACUCAUUUCUACUCAGACUCAUGUUUUAUUCUCAACUCUAAAUUUACCUGUGUUCAGUAGAACUAGAGAGAGGAAGAAAUAUACAUGAACAUGAGGAUAAAAUCCUGUCUGAUUUCUGAGGUCAAAGUGCUGCCCAUGUAAUAAAGCCAUAUAAUCGGCAUUGAGCUGCUUGCCUGAAAUGAGUAGCAAUCACCUCUCAGGUGAGCAGCUGUGUUGCAACUAUAUGUACCUGCAUCUCACCAGUGCUGGCCAAAGCUGCUGUUCCUGCUGCUGAAUAAGGCAGAGGAGAGUUACCUGCUUCCAGUAGGGAUGUGUGAAUCAAAUAAUUCCAGUAGGGAUGUGUGAAUCUAGUUGAUUUGGGUGAUUUGGAGACAGAACAAAUCACCCCUGUGGUCCAUUGGCUAGAUCUGGGAUCAAAUCGAAUCACACCAGAUUUGAUUCAAAUUGAUUCAAGAUUCGGAUUCCUCCUAUUAAUUUCCCCAGAUUCCCAGCUUUCAUCUUUUUUUAAAAAGCUAAGCUCUAGCCCUUGUAGAAGUGGAGUUAUAGAGCAAAAUGUUUGGUCACUAUUUUUCAAGUGUUUGGAUUCUUUGCUGUAUAACUUUUCCUCAAUUAAUCCCUAUGAGGAUUCAUUACACACGUUCAUUUUGACUGUCUUUGGACAGUGGCAACUGUCAUGUGCCAAAUACACACCCUCUCCCACCCGCAAGGCAGUGGGAUAUAAUUUUUGUUCUAGGAUUUUUUUCAAAUGUUUAGACUUUUUGGUGUCUAAUAACCUUUCUUCAUAAUGAAUCCCUAUGAGGAUUCAUUACACACCAAAGACUCUAAACACCUCAAAAAUUCCUAAAAUAUAAACUGAGUACCCAGUGGCUUGCGGGUUGGGGGUAGAUGGCACAUGGGAUGCCACUAAUUCCCCACCUGCAAAGCAAUGAACAGAAGAAAUGAAAGUCUGUAAUGAAGACACCAAAGAAUCUAAACACUUCCGCACAUUUUGUGACCGCACAUUUUGUGACCGCACAUUUUGCUCCAUAACUUCACUUCUACAAGGGCUAGAGCUUAGGUUUUUUUUAAAUUAAAGCUGGAGCAACUUCGAAUCCCCAUUAUUUCCUAUGGUGCAAAUAUUCAAAAUCAGUUAAAAAAAAUCAUUUUAAAAAAUCAACCAAGUGCCCCACUGCCUUGAAAUUUGGGUAGUAGGUGGCACCCAUGGGGAGCUACCCACCACUCAAAUUGGGUGCCCCUAGGACCUUUAUAAGUGGUCUGAAUCAAUCCAAAUCCAAAUAAAAUAAAAUCUGGGGUGAUUCGGGGGCACAGAUUCUGACACAAAACAAAUCAGGGGUGAUUUGAUUUGGGCACAAAUUGAAUUGAAAAUAUCAAUCCAUGAACAUCCAUAGCCUCUAGGCCCGUAGCUAGCCUCAAAGUCUUGGGGGGGUCACAAAAGUCAGGGGGGCAGGUUA